CCUGUUCAUUGUACUGAGUCAGCGGCCAUGCGCAAAUGGAUCCAGAGGAGGGCUGUGCUGUGUAGGCUGUAGUCUACAUAAGAGCUCUGCCUGCGGGGCUGCACACGCACUGCCGACUGGAAAUCACAGGGAGCAGCUGGAGCCUUGACCUGCUUGUGUCUUUAACUGAUUGUAUUAGGAAAAAAAAAAAAUCCAGGAUAGUCUGACGGGUACCUUGGGAUCUCUCCAACAACCCCCUCCCUCCUCCUUACUGACCAUCUCGGACCACGGAUGCAGAGAGCAGCAGCGAUGCGGCGGCUCUGCUGUUAACUCGUUGGACCCUCUUCCCUCUAUUUUUGCCGGUUUUACCUAAAGGAGGCUGAAUAAAUCAAUAAUGAAGCUCAAACCGAACCAGACCAGGACAUACGAUGGCGAGGGCUUCAAGAAACGAGCAGCAUGUCUGUGCUUCAAGAAUGAACGUGAAGAAGAGGUUCUGCUGGUCAGCAGCAGUCGGCACCCGGAGCAGUGGAUCGUCCCCGGAGGUGGGAUGGAGCCAGAGGAGGAGCCAUGCGGUGCAGCCGUGCGAGAGGUGUUUGAGGAGGCCGGUGUAAAGGGCAAGUUAGGACGUCUGCUCGGCGUAUUUGAGCAAAACCAGGAUCGGAAGCACCGGACAUAUGUGUAUGUGUUGACUGUCACAGAAACACUAGAGGCCUGGGAAGACUCCGUCAACAUAGGCCGUAAGCGGGAGUGGUUCACCGUGGACGAGGCCAUCAAAGUGCUGCAGAGCCACAAACCUGUCCACGCCGAGUACCUGCGGAGGCUCCAGCUCAGCUGCUCCCCAACCAACGGAAACUCAAUCCUCCCGAGCCCUCCGCCAAACGACAACUACCCCCAUUACAGCGCUACCGCCACCACACCCUCGACGGGCAACGUGUUGGGCUCCUCCUGCAGAUAGGACUGCAACUAAACCUCGUGUCCUGUCAAGCUCGGACAGUUCACUGAAAGUCUGUACAGUCUUGCAUGAAUCGAAUGACUUUUCAGAGACAUGGCUCUCCUGUAUGUAUCAUCUCUAGUCUUAGCUCCAGGACAGACCAAAGCCAUCACCAGAACUGUUUUAAAGACUUGUGUGACAGAGCAGCAUAAGUCUCUGACAGGAAAACCUCGGAUAUCUCAAGAACAUUUUUCUUUUGCUGGAAAACACCAGACCGAUGAGCUGAAGCUUGGGAAGAGGAAGCUGCAGACUCAGCUGGGGUGAAUGACCUGGUGAAGGAACGCCUUACAGUAACUUUGUAUGAAUGUUGAAUUUGGGUCGUCAGUCAUUUUUAUUUUAUUUUUAGCAGAAUGGAUAUGCUUUCUAGUCAAUAAAAGAGUAAUUGACCCCAAAGCACAUCCACGUGGGGAAUGUUUCCAGACAUAAUAAUGUCUUUCACUCAUCAACCCAUGAUGACAGCAGCAUAUAUCACAUUCUACUACAUGGAUCUCAUUUGUAAAAAGACACCUGAGCAUUGAUAUGUUUCAAGGAUCUCCUCUGUUGCAUUUUAAUGUUAAGUGGGAUUUUCUUUGCACCAUGUAAUCAUCGAUGAAUGACAUUUGUCUAAACUUUAAGUAACUUGGCUUAUAAUGAUAAAGCCAGCCCCAACAUCUCCUUUCAAGAAAUGGAUGAUUUGCGUUAAAAUAGAAGUAAGUGACAAUAUUUUACACGAUUAAUAAAAACAAGUACCAAAAAAAACCAAGAGAACAAAAUGAAAUUGAAAAGGCCAUGCCAGAAAUGGCUUGUGGUCCUAAAUGGCAGGGUCAGAGGUCAAAGACGUACUAUCUCACAGGACUGCACCAGCUAUCAGUGAGUUGACACCUCAGUUAACUGGAUCUGAGUCAUGUCGCUGUGUUCGAUAUCCUUUGAUACAACGCUGCUGGGUUCAUGGUUCCACUUUGACGUUACAACUCCACUAACCUUGACUGAUACUGGUCUGUUGAAUGUUUAAAGCCACAUACCUUUGUUACAGUUUCCCACGUUGUCAAAGUGAACGUUGAUAAUGGUGUAAAGGACAUCUUUGCCUUACGUAUGAUGUGCUGCUAGGGACAAUUGAGUUUAUUUCAACUCUCUGGCAAAAAAAGUGGAUUUUCUUUAAAUGAAAAUGAAUCAUGGUUGACUGCUCUUAAAAUAAUGUUUAACAGUUUUAUCAUGUCUCAUGGUGCUGCAAGGCAAUUUGAUAAAACGGACCACCAAAUGACAUCAUUUCCAUGUAUGAUUUGAUUGUUUUUCCCAUCACCUACUUGUAACCAAGAUUACUUGCGCCUUGGGCUGCAACUUACAAUUAAUUUCACUCUGGAUUCAUCUGCCGAUUAUUUUCUUGAUUCAUCUAUUAAUAGUUUGGUGUAUGAAAUGUCAAUUGUGAAAAAUGCCCAUCACAGAUUUGACUGGUACAAAAAUAAAGUGAUGUAGUUUUUAAUAUAAAUAUGUCAAUAUUUCUUCAAAUUUCUUUCGUUAUUGCCUAGACAACUGCAGUUUUAGGUGCAUAAUGGGGUCUAAGACGCAUACCAUGUAACAUCGGCAAUGUUUCUAGGUCAUCCCUGUCUUUCUCUCUCUAUGUUUCCUGUCUGCAGUGUGACUAUAUAUUGUCAAAGGCAAAAACGUCCCUCAAAAAUACUCUAAAUGAAAAAACAACUACAUUUUGAUUAUGAAGACAGAAAUCCCCAAAAAAUAGCUCAAAUUAGCAAUUAAAAUGUCACAUUUCAGAUGAUAAUUUGUUUGCUCCUAUAACCGUUCUCACUGAAAGGAGACACCCACUCACUCCUGUGUUGACAGCUGAAUGACGACUCGUAACCAUGCAGAGAUAUGUAAAUAGAUUUGAAGAGAAACAUUGAACAUGUGUUUUUAACCUGAAUGUAACUGUAAAAUGUAUCCUAAUAUUUUAUAUAUUUUUUAACAAUGUAUAAAUGGCAGGAAAAAAACAAAACCCCACUGAGAACAGUAUGUACAGUAUAUUUGUAUCAAUGACAAUGUGCCAAGGGUUUAGGAUAUGAAGGUUGGUUGGUAUGAAAUAGAGAUGGUUAAAUGAAUGCAUUUUGAAUCAUGAUCUGGUGAAAUCAAUGUUUGUCAGAACAGUAUAAAGUUAUGUUUAGAACAGCAAAAUAAGUAUUUAAAAUACAAUUUUAGAGAUUUUGGGUAAACUAAAUGUUUUUUCUUUUUUACACAAUACAUAUAGCAUCUUGCUAAUCAACUUGUGUGUGUCACAUACACAAGACUGAGUAUAGACAUUUUGAUAACAUUUGGGGGAGGGGGAAUGAUAAGGGGAAUGUUUUGGAAGCUUUGGUAAGACACUGAAAAAUAGUUUGUCAUACACUUUCACAGACAAAUCUUUAUUUUAUUGUUAAUUCCAAUUGUUUUGAAGGAGUAAAAUAACUCCUCUAAUAAGUUUUCCCAUGUCAACCAGACUUAUGCUUCAAAACCUAGGUCUCCUUUCACCUUCCCCAGAGUCACUCCUCCAUUACGAAAUCUUAUCUGCAGUAAACUCUGAUACACCAAUUCAGCUAUAAACUUUCAGCCUUGUUCGAUUGGUAAAAAAACCCACUCCAACCACCUCAAACCUCUGUGUGUGCGUGUCUGUAUAGUGGGUUGAUGGAUGUGAAAUAUGAUGUGCCAAAUUUAAAAAUGUGUCAGUGUUCAAGUGGGAUUUAUUUUUGAUGUUAUACAUACUUUUAGGCCAACCGCUUUGUGGAAAAAAAAAUAAUGUUCUUAAACAUUGUUUGAUAAACUUAGUGGGUUUCAGAAUAUAAUCAUUUAUAAAGUGAAAAAAGUGUGUUGACUGCAUCCUUCAUUCUUGAAAUUAUGAUUAAUGAACCACAGCCAGUUAUUCUUUUGACAUCAUACUGUUUUUAAAAUCCACUUGUCAUGUAACUGAGCAUAUACGACUACCCCAGACUACAAUCAAAAUAACAUCA